ACAACAAGACAGGUUUGGUUGGCAAAGGAGCUCUCCUGUAGUUUGUGGAAGAUGAAAUAGGCCAUGAUCUGAAAAGUAACAAAAGCUCAUCAUGACAGUUCUGUAUCUUUUAUUCUACAUUUCACUGUUAACACUUUAUAGUUAUUUAUAGUCAGGAAGACGUCUCAAGUCUGGCCUCAUUACUGACAGGUCUUCACCUCAUGUUUGUGCAAUGAACAGUUACCUCUCUCUCUCUCUCUCUCUCUCUCUCUUUCUGGUGUCUGUAUAGGCAUAAAUGGAAGCUUGUUUGACAGCAUUGUGGUUGUUAUUUUGACUGACUGUUGUGCUGCUGACAGGCUGAGAAUCAAAACAAUUACAAACUGACAUGUCUGUCUGUUCACGUGUUGACUGACAUGAGCUCACAAGAUGAAUCAGUUCACUCCAGACAACAGAGCUCCUGUACAAAAAAAAUAACUAAAUAAAUAAUCCACAGCAGAUACUCCACUCUUUGAGAUAAUCCAAAAGUCCUAAUUGGCUUUAGGAUUACAACGUGUCCUGUGAUUUGAGACGCCACACUGCGCCUUAAUGUUGAAACAUUGAAACAUCAGAGCAGAGGGCAGACGCAAAAAAAAAAAGAGAAGCAAAUAUGUCUCCCGUAGACAUGAAUGGAUUCUGGAAAUUGACAAGUAAUGAAAACUUUGAUGAAUACAUGGAAGCACUAGAUGUGAAUGUUGUCAUCAGAAAAAUUGCCAGCUAUCUCAUCUUUGAUAAGGAGAUUGCUCAGAAUGGUGAUCAUUUUAAUAUCAAGACUCUCACCACCUUUAGGAACUACCAUGUGGAGUUUGAUGUUGGAAAGGAGUUUGAGGAGGAUUUGGUUGGUGUAGAUGAUAGGAAAUGUAUGACCAUGGUAAACUGGGAGGGAGACAAACUGGUGUGUGUACAGAAAGGAGAAAAGGAUGGAAGGGGCUGGACCCAGUGGGUGAAAGGGGAUGAAUUACAUGUGGAAUUGCGAGUCUGUGGAGUGGUGUGCAAACAAGUUUUUAAGAAACAAGUUCUUGACUGAUGUGCCUUGAACCACAAGUACUCUACUGUGAAGAAAUGUGAUCAUUUCUGCCUAUUAAUAAAAGUAAUUGUAGCCAUUUUUAAGUUAAGCUAUUAUGUCUUUUUCAUUCCUCAUGUCAACGAUGUAUGGUGAAAACUUUGUCAAAGAAAA